UUAUAAAUAAAAAACUAAUAAUAAAAUAUUGCACAACAAAUUGUACUAUUAUAAUAUAAUAUAAAAUUAAAAUGCUCUGAAAAAUAAUAAUAAAUAAAAAGCACUUGAAAAGAGAAUAGCAUGUACAAACAGAGCAGAAUAAAAUAGUAAUGCAUAAAAAGAGUAAUGGCUAGAUGAAACAAUCAAUGCGAAAGCUGUUGCGGAAAAUAAUUUUAAAAAAUUUAAAAAAAAAUUGAACAUUAUUAGAUGGAUUUUGAUCUCCAUAUAAAUUUGCCAUAUUAUGCAGUUCUAAAUGUCUAGCAUCUACCUCAAAAUUAGUGCAAUUAAUAUUUUUAUCUUGAAAGCUGGACCGGACUAUACAAAUUGCGGAAAGUGUAUCAUUUGCUAAACGAUUACGUUUUUUAUUUUUGACAUCUGUAAUUACAGAAAAAAUUCUUUCGGUCUCAGCAUUUGAGUGUGGAAGAGAAAGGACUAUUUCAAUUAAUAAUUCUAAAGUUGGAAACAUUUUUGUUCCAUCAAAAUUUGUAGACUCCAAUAUAUUUUUCCACAUCUCAUCUAUUUCUAGAGAAGCUAACUCUUCUUUCUUUUUUUCAUCAAAAAUUGAUGGCAGAAUUCGCCAUUCAAAUGCUAACUGCGUUACAUUACUAAGUUUUAUUUGUUCGGCAAUAUAUGUUAAAUCUCUAAUUUUAGUUCGACUUUCAUUAUCUAAAACUAUUUUCGGAUCUAAAAAUGACAAUUGUUCAAAAAGAAUAUCUUGACAUGGUAAACGCUUUAACAUUUCUUGAACUGCAGUAACAUAAAAAUCUAAACAUUUUAAUUUGAUUUGUUGCACGCACUCUACAGAUAAAGUUUUUAAAAAGCUUUCACACUCCGGUCCCACAUAUAUUUCGUUGAUGUGUUAUAUAUUCUUUUUAUUAUUUAAGUCUAAAGUAAAAAUAUUAUUUAAGACAUUAAACUUUACAAAAUUUUGAGCAAAUUGAAAUAUUAAUUGUUGACUAUUUUUAUACAACGUGUGAACUAAAAUAUUACGUGACUGAAAUAAAGCGUUAAAGUUAUUUAAAAAAUUUAAAGAAUAUUGCAAAAAUAAUUAAUAUGCUUUAAUUGAAUUGUCAUUAAAGUGUUCUAAAAUAGUUUCCGCGGAUUUUAAUUUAUCCUCAACAACAGCUAAAAUAAAAUAAUUUUUUAAAACUUUCCAAUUUUCGAGAAGUCUAACAACGCAUUUUUGAAAACUAAGCCAUCUAGUAUUUGAAAGUUUUAAUAUUUUAUGUCGAUCUACAUUUAAAAAAUCUUGGAAUUCUGUUAAAAUUGCACAUCUCUUUGCACUGCCCGAAAUAUAAGUAGCUACUCUUUUAAUUAAGUUUUCACAAGACGAAGGUAAUUUUUCGCAAGCUUUCCUGGCCACAAGUGCAGAUGAAUGACAAAUACAAUUUAAAGUAAUUAAUCCCGGAACUUCUAAUUUUAAGCGACUCAUAAAUGAAUUAUUGCAUACUACCAUAACGGAUGCGUUGUCACAUGCUAAUCCGACAAUGUUUUUAAUAGAAAUUUCUUUUUUUUGUAAUAAAUUUUUAAAUAACUCAAAAAUUUUACUGGAUGAACAAUCUGUCGCGUUUAAUGAUAAUAAAUCUAAUAAUUGAGUACUAAUUUUUUUGUUCAAAGAGGAAACAUAUCUAACAAGAAUGCACAUUACUUUAGUGUCCGCAAUAUCAGUACUCUUAUCAACUAAAAUAGAAAAUUUACAAGUUUUUAAAUUUUCAAAAAGUUUUUGAGAUUCACGUUUGGCAAGAACAUUUUUUACAAUAUAUAAACAUUUUUUUCGAGCAAGUGAAAGUGUGCAUGUACAACUUUAGAAUCAAUACUAAUAUCUUUUAACAACGGAACCAAAUGAUCUACAAUACUGAAAGCAACGUUAUGUUCCGCGAGACACGCUGCUAAUUUAAUUUCGGCACGUUUGACUCUAUCUUUAUGUGACAAAGAAUUAUCAUUAUUGAUGGUUUUAUAAUUCGAUGAAUUUACUUUUUCAAUAUGUUUAACCGUGUGUAAAUGAUUAAUUAAAUCAGAUAUACGGCAAUUGAUACUUUUAUUACAUGCCAUGCAAAGCGCUCUAUUUUUUGAAGGAUGAGAAGCCAACUAUCUUUUAAAACUACUUUCAUCUAGCCAUGAAGCUUGAAAUUCUCUAAUUCUACGUUUCUUAACAGCUCCUUUAUUACCAGAAUCCAUCAUGCAUAAAUAUAAAUAAAUAUAAUUACCUGUAUUUAAUCUCUCGCGACGGAGGAGUUUUGGCACCCACAACACUACGCACGCCACAUUAUUGGUAUUCUGCGCACUAUUGCCGCGCAUGCGCGAAAAUUCCGUCCCGCCUGCCAUCACUGUGCUCGAUGCGCGAGCAAGGCUGUUGUUUCAGGAGUGGGGAGUCAAGUAUAGACUGCGACGUUAUUUUUUUCGCGUCUACAACUUCGUCGUGCUCGUGACUCUCUUUACUAUAAGUUGGGCGCCAGGCGCGGAAUCCGCGCCGCACAAAACUCGCGAACUCUCGGUACUUCGCACGACGACCGAAUGCCGGCUAGCCCGCCUCCACACGAAAUGGCAGAGGAGCGAGGUUCUUUCUCGGUACGCGGAAUAGGAGAGGAGAGGUCUCGCAUUAACGACUCGAUAGAAUUAAUGAGAAGCGUAUAUUGAGAAUAGAUAUAUCGACAAUUCUAUUUGACAAAUGUGAAUUGGUCGUUCGACACUAUAUUACACGACUGUCACAUACUCGACGUGAGAUUUGCAUGUAUCGAAUACUACACUCUAUAGGCUACACACAAAGUUUGACAAUAUAACACGCGACUUUAGCAACAGACGGGAUAGGCUUCGACGAAUGGCGCGUCUUUCUCGUAGGUAUCCUCUCCUACGGAAGCUUGCCUCGAUAACGCGUACAUAGCUCGCGCUCUCGAUACGCGGCAAGUGAAUCCCAGUGAUAACAAUUUACACACUAUCCCGUCGCGAAACUUUAUUUCUUACACAAAUACAGAGAUCGACAUACUCCUCGAGGGAGGAGACAAUAGGCGCAAUAAGUAAUCUAUACGGGGCGGAGAUCGACACGGCCCUGCUACGCGGUGACUCGACUCUCGGUAUCCCGAAUACAAUUAUUUCGCCCACCGAAUGCUCGGGUAAUUACGUCUUACGAAAUGCCGGGCCGGCCGUUCCGCGCUUACCGCGUGGUCGAAGUGGUGGCCUUACAGAAGUUGGCGUCGUCGAGGGCCGAGGAACCGCUCUUAUGGAUGUCUCACCGAACAGUGACGAACCGUGAGCGGUCGGGGGCGCCGCGGACGCCGGCAGCGGCCCGCGCAUCGAUCGCGCUUCAAUCCGCGCACAUCGAUCGCUAGUCGAUGGGGGGUCCUCUGCCAGUCCUAUAGAGUCCCAGCGUCCGAGGGUGCCUCUGUUCGUGACGCCGCGCGAUUUGAAGGCCGCGGAUUGCACGUCUCGAUGUCCUUCGCCGUAUCGGCUGCUGCUGGACCGGCUCGGGGUUGAUCAGGUCCCGUCCGGCUUACUCCUCGAGGCCGUGGCUACAGCGCCGGCUGGGGCUUCCUCCACCCUGGUCGUCGGGUGUAAGGGCGCACGCUCUCUCCCCGGCGUCGUCUCAGGCUGCACCGGACUGCUGUUCCUCUCUCUACAAUAAAGUAUAACGGCAGUGUUUGUUCCUUGACUUUUCUAACGUACCUCAAUACUGUACGCAAUUACUUGCCUUUGCUCGCUGUCCUCCGGCUGUCCGGGGCCCCGCCGCUCGGUCGUCUAUGCUUCUUCUUAACAUUCCCUCGACGGCUACUCUAUCAAUUACAACUGGUAGUCGUGGCACACCACUUCUCCCGCGGAUCGCGACUUCCGCUUGGCGGAUACCUAAGUGACUUAAUACUAAAAGAAAUAUUACUCAGAAAAGGAGAGGCCGUUUUCUCCCCCCCCCCCGGGGUAAUAAGCGGCCCCAAAUGACCUUGCCCGGUCGGGCCAUCCGGCCCUUGUGACUGACGAAAAACGUCACGUCACAAGACACACGUUAGAAAAGGAAGAAUCUGAUUUAGACGUUGAAAAGAGAGGACUGGGUACAUUUUCUCGUCUUGCCUCUCGCCCCUACGCGCCGAUAGACACACGUAUAGGAUAGAAAAGGACGCACCUAGACGUUGAAAAGAGAGCUUGGGUACAUUUUCUCGUCUUGCCUCUCGCUUCUUACAUGCCUACAAGAUUGACGACGACGGCGACCACGACGACGUAUCUUAAAUGAAAUUUCUGACAUUUGGACUUUGCAUCGUGAUAUCUCCUCCCAUAGAUUACGUAGAGAAAAAAUAAAAACAGUUUUCUUAUACAAAUCGACCCCAAGCUUUCGAUUGAGCCUAGUUAAAACUCGAUCGGUUUAGCCGUUUCUGAGAUCCGAUAAUCUUGAGUGCUCGCAAGUCGCGUACUUGCAUAAAAGAGCACGAUCGGGUUUGCGCUGCACUUUCGCUUGGCGCGAGUCACUACCGUGUCUCUUGAUCAACUUUAUAAAGCUUAAAUGUGAAGUUUGAAGACGCUACGUUAUUUAAUAUUUGUUUGGCAGCCAUCAAUAUGUAAUGAACUCUCUCACAAGGGAAAUGCACCAAGUGUUAACCGCGAAUGGAUAUGUGUUAUAUAUCGUUCAAAAAGUCUUGUCAAGUAGAAUUUAUGUGUGCAAUAUUUCGCUUCAAUGGCGCCUUUAGAGGGCGCUAUGCGUAAUGUAAUUUACAUAACUAUUUGAGUUUUUAUAAAAGCUAAUUGGAGUUUUUGCUUCAAAAAUAGUAUCAAAUAAAAGGUGUCUAGUAUAAUUAGUUGCAUACUAGUUUUAUUUAGGAUAUUUUACUUAAUUCAAGAUAAAUUGCAUUUUUUAUUUUAUUUUAAAAGUACAAAAAGUCCAAAAACCAAAAAGUUAUCGAUAAUAAGAUACUUUAAUAUAAUAUAAAUUGCACUUUUUAUUUUAUUUUAAAAACAAAAAUAAAAUAAAGAAAAAACCAAGAAACUAAUAGUAGAGUUUUUAAAGUAAAAAAAAAAACAAAAACGAAAAAGUCAAAAAGUUAUUACUAAUGAGAUACUUUAAUAUAACAUAAAUUGCACUUUUUAUUUUAUCUUAUCGUUAAUAACAAAAAUAAAGAAAAAAAGAUGUUGCUGACGAUCGAAACACAGUUUCAGUCCAACCAAUAUCAAAGCCGAGCUAGAUUCUACUCUGGGGGAGUCUGCUCCUUCGUUUACAACAGUAAAAUAUUGGGUGGCAGAGUUUAAACGAGGCCGUACGAGCUGCGAAGACGAACAUCGCAGUGAUCGACAAAAUGAGGGGUAGACUGAGAGGAACAACAAAAGCCGCAAUGCAAAUCCGUUCACAAGAAAAACAGCGAGAAUGUGAAGCGAAAUUACUGGAGCAAGGCGUUCGCAGGUCAAAACGAAUUGCUGGCAUCGGUACUGAUAAUGUUCCCGGACAUGACGUUAAUGAUUACGAAGCUAACGAGAUUAAUGAUGAGAUAAUCCCUAAUGAUCUUAAAGAAGCAAAAGAAGGUAAAGAUUGGUCAAAUUGGUAUAAAGCUAUGGAGGAAGAACUCGAGUCAUUAAAUUCUCAUAAGGUAUGGGAAAUUGUUGAAAGACCACCCAAUAGUAAAAUCAUAAAAAGUAAAUGGAUUUAUUCUAUCAAAAAUUCGAGCGAUCCGAAGAAUAAAAUAAAAAGAUUUAAAGCGCGAUUAGUUGCCACAGGAUUUAACCAAGUUAGACAUAGAGAUUACGAAGAAUCAUAUUCCCCUGUAGUUAAUAUCGAAGCAUGGAGAACAUUAUUAUGUAUUGCUGCCAAGCAGAACAUGCGAAUUCGUUUCUUUGAUAUAAAGACCGCUUAUCUCUAUGGAUCUAUUAAUGAAACCGUGUAUAUGGAGGCACCUCUAGGGUUUGAGAAAAUGAUUAGUCCUAACAAAGUAUGUAAAUUACGAAAGAGUAUUUACGGAUUGCCUCAAUCCGGACGCAAUUGGUUUAAACGACUUUGCCAAGAAUUGUUAAACCUGCAUCUCAAGCAGUUAGCUAGCGAUAGUUGUAUCUUCGUGUAUAACAAAAAUAAUAUUUUUAUUUGCGUAAGUACUUAUGUCGAUGAUCUUUCUGUUAUAGACAAUAACUCUAAAGCUGGUGACAAAUUUAUUGAAAAAUUACGUGCAGUACUAGAACUUAAUAAGACUACAAAUAAAGGUACAUUCUUAGGUAUGGAAGUUAGGCAGUCCGAAAAAGAAAUAACAAUUUCUCAAGAACUAUAUAUUAAAACAUUGUUAACUAAGUAUGGAAUGUCAGACUGUAAACCAGUAGCUACACCUAUUGUUCCAGGGCAAGACAAAGAACUUGAUCAGCCUGAUGAGCUUAUAGAAUCACAGGUCUACCAAGAAUUAGUCGGAGAAUUACUGUACUUAAGCAACAAAACUCGACCAGAUAUCACCUUUGCGACGAGUUAUCUGUCACAAUUUAAUACUCAACCAGAAAAGCGUCACUAUAUAAUGGCUAAAAGAAUUUUGCGUUAUUUAUCAAAUACAUUAAAUUAUAAGUUGCAUUAUGAUCGAGAACCUGGUACUCUUAAUGGAAGUAGUGAUGCGAGCUGGGGAAAUGGUAUGAAAAUGAAGUCUUUCUCAGGUGGGGUAAUUCAAUUAGGGAAAUCACUUAUAAUGUGGCAUUGCCGUAAGCAAAAGUGCGUAGCUGAUUCUACAUGUGAAGCAGAGUUAUUCGCAAUUAAUGACUUAACUAAAAAUGUAAAAUGGCUAAUUGGCUUGUUAUCCGAACUUGGUUUUGAAAUUCUAUAUAAGUUACCUGUACUCAUUGCUAGCGAUAGUCAAUUGGCCAUUGAUGUACUCAAAGAAGCGAGGUCGUCACGUAAAUUACGACAUGUUUUGCUAAAAGUUCAAUUUAUCAAAGAUGAGGUUGCUGAGAGACGUGUACAUAUAUAUUAUGUUAAUACUGAUUUUAUGAAAGCGGAUUUUCUUACUAAAGCCGUGACCAAAGAAAAACUCGUAUGGAGUAGUAAAGAAUUAAACCUGUACUAAUUAGUUUACAAAAUUAUAAAAACUCUACGCAGGUGGGGAAAUGUGGAGAUUUGCGUAUUCGUUUCUAAGUUUGUUCAUUCCGUUAGUGUUUAUCUGUACACACUGUGUUUCUAAUCUAUGUUGCGGCUCUUCCGUGAUUUUCGGGGGAGCACCUAACUACUACUAGAUCUAUGGCGGCACUACCACGUGCGGGUGUGAGCAGUAUAUAUCCAAUAAAAUCUUUCUUAACAAAA